GGAAAUGCAUCUUCCAUUGAUUCCUUCUCCCCAUUUUCUUUGACCUUCUUGUCUAUUUGACUUGCUUCCAUAAACACAACCUAAUUUUGAAAUUGUUCUCGAAUGACAGGAAUCUGGGAAAGGGGGAAUGCUCGAGAUUUUCCGGCGAACAAUGAUCCAGAACAAGGAGGUGCUGGAGAAUACAUGGGAAAAAAUGGCGGUGCUCGAAAGAAGUUGUACCUGAUCAGAAGUAUUGUAAAAUACACACUUACUGUCCCGGCAAGCUCUCGAUCAGAUCAAUUUACAGUCUUAAUCAAUGGUUACUCGGAAUCGAAUUCGGAUCGUGUAGAAGGUCACCAGAACUCUCACAUAACCGGCCCAUGGAACUAUCACAUAACCCACAUUCAAUAUUUCAAUUCCAGGUUACAAUUUGCUUUUGUUUGA